AUGAGCGUGCCCGAGGUGGAGCCGCUUAUCUCCCAGAAGUACGAGAUCAAGAAGCGCCUGGGCAAGGGGGCUUAUGGCAUUGUGUGGAAAGCAAUCGAUCGCAGGACAGGAGAGAUAGUUGCUGUUAAAAAGAUUUUUGAUGCUUUCAGGAACAGAACAGAUGCUCAGAGAACAUUUCGAGAGAUUAUGUUCCUGCAGCAAUUUGGUGAACAUCCAAAUAUCAUCAAGCUGCUUGAUGUCGUCCGUGCUCAGAACGACAAGGACAUCUACCUCAUCUUUGAGUCCAUGGAGACAGAUUUACAUGCUGUGAUUAAGAAGGGGAAUUUGCUGAAAGAUAUCCACAAGUGUUACAUUCUCUACCAACUUCUGAAGGCAACUAAAUUCAUCCACUCAGGAAAUGUUAUUCACAGAGAUCAGAAGCCUUCAAAUAUCUUGCUGGAUGCAGACUGCUUUGUUAAGCUUUGUGACUUUGGGCUGGCCAGGUCCUUGAGCCAGGUGAAUGAGGACCAAGGUAGCCCAGCUCUGACAGAGUAUGUGGCAACGCGGUGGUACCGUGCCCCUGAGAUCCUGCUCUCCUCUCACAGUUACACUAAAGGUGUAGACAUGUGGAGCAUUGGCUGUAUCCUGGGGGAGCUGCUACUGGGGAAACCUCUUUUCCCUGGAACAUCAACAGUUAAUCAGAUUGAGCAGAUCUUCAGGGUCAUUCCUGCCCCAUCCCCAGAAGAUAUUUUGGCUGUGCAGUCAGACUACAAGGCCUCCAUCAUUAGCCGCCUGAGUUCCCGGCAGCGAGUAACAUUUGAGGAGAUUUUCCCAUCCUCUACUCCAUUGCCUGCCUUGGACCUCCUGAAGAAGCUUUUAGUAUUUAACCCUGAGAAACGACUCACAGCAGAGGAGGCUCUGCAGCACCCCUAUGUGAGAAGGUUUCACCUUCCUGCCAGGGAGCCCUCUCUGGAUUAUGAAGUGGUUCUUCCUUUAGGUGAUGAUGUCCAGCUGUCUGUGGCAGAGUAUCGAAAUAAAUUAUAUGAGAUGAUCCUUGAAAGGAAAUUAAAUGGCCACCCAAAGAGAGAAGAUGCUCAACUAGGCCAGCCUGAAUCCAGGCCACUUCUUCCAAAUCCCAGUUCUGUGACUUUGCCUGCCAGGAAAGGCCAGAGACAACCAACACCUCCUCUUCUGAAAGCUUCAUCUGUGCAUGCUGGAGCUGCAACCAGUGUCCAGCCACAAGUACCCAGCCAGAGUGAGGGUUCAGCAGGAGCUUUAUGUCAGAGACCAAAGCUCAGUGUGAUCUACAACCCCAUCACACACACUGCUGUUCAAGGUAAUGCGAACUCUGGUGCUGUGAUCAGGGACUGUUCUGCACCACCUCCUCAACAGGCCAGAAGCACUAGCAAUAGGAAACUGGGGAGACAAAUGACAGGGGCAAAUGCUCAGCCACCUCCUGCAAGCCUGCAGAGCCUUCACAACAAUCCAAGAAGCACUCAGUUUCACAGCAGAGAGGUUUGUCCCCUUCUGAAGCCCAGUAAGAAGAUGUUCCAGAUUACUGCAAAUGUUGGAGCUGCUGGUGAUCCUAAAGCAUCCAUGGGCAGCUACUCCCAAGCCUAUGGCACCAUCUGUAAAUCUGCACUGCAGAGUCUGCCAAUACCAAAGUCCUGCCAACAACAGGAGCAGUGA